UGGCGAACGGCGGGGAUUUUUUUUUUUCUCGAUGGUUUCUUUCUUUAUUUGCUUUUCUCAUGGUAGUUGCUUUUUCCGUUUGCUUCGUUUGUGUUUUUUUUCCUCUUCUCGGAGAACCCGUGACGGUCAGCUGACCCGCUUUCUCGCUCUUUCCUCUUCUUUUUCUUCUUCUUCUUCGCACAUAUCAGAUCCUUUUCUUCCACAUCCUCCAGCUAGACUCUACUAGCUUACCACUUAGCUGUCAAACGAAACUUCUCGGCCGGACGAAAGGGACCCGACCUAUCUACAUCCUACGCCCUACGUUUCUAGAUAACCGGAGACACCUUCUCCUUUACGCAAUUCCGAAACCCAGAAUGGCUUCUCCGACUGCUCCCGCCUCCUUGUGGAGCCGGAAACGCGACUUGAUCUACUUCUCCUUCUUUGCUAUCCAUGUCCCCAUCAUUUUUCUGGUCGACGCAGCCCCGAUCCUCCCCACCGCCCUCCAAUCCAACCUUUCCCACACCCUCCGACAGUUCUACAUUGAUACGUACCAUGACAAGUUCUUCGAGGAGCCACCCGCCCCCUGGUUUUACUCCUUCAUACUUAUGGAGCUGUUCUACCAUGUGCCCGUAAGCGUCUGGGCACUUGGCGGCCUGAAGAGAGAUGACCCUCUUGUCCCCCUCCACCUCCUCAUUUUUGGUCUUCAGGCCUUCCUUACCUCCACAGUCUGUCUGGUCGAGGUCUGGAGUUGGGCAGAUCGCUCUGUAGCCCAAAAGCAGAACAUCAGCAUGCUAUAUGGGCCUUAUGUUGCUCUUGGUGCAUUCAUGGCACUGGAUAUGUUCUUUAGACUUCGGACAAGACUCCUAGUCAAGUCCAAGAAGGAGUAAGUCACAACAGUAAUCAGUCCCCCAAACCCCAAUAUUCUCCCUUUCCUAUUCCAGUGGAGGGCAUGUAUGCAUACAGUAUCCAAUGCAGGGGGUGUAUGUGCUGGGACGAUAAUCCAUAGAUCACGUAAAAGAAAAUGAAAAAAUAAAGCAAAGGAAUGGCAGAUCUGAACUCAGGCCUGCAUGCGUCUGCAAAGCUGGAAAGUGUACUUACUGUACACAGUACUUUCCUACAGG